AUGAAGUUCAAAGCAGGCCUCGAUGGACGAUGGGACAAUGAUCAAUUCCUGUCUCUGGUAGAAUGCUACUGUGAAAGGGUACGAAACGAUGAUUCGCUCGAGCCAUACUUUGGUGAAAUGGACAAGGACCGUUUGAUAUCGCUCCAACAAGAAUUCCUGUUCGCUGCUUUCUUGCGGCAAAGGGACAUGGAUUGCAGACUAAACAUCUGUGAAAUAUUCGAGAAGGGAAUCAGCGAUUCUGAGUUUGAUGCGCUGCUGGACCACUUUCAUCUGGCACUCUCAGAUUCUUCCGUUCCUGUGGAUGUUUAUGAUACAUGCCAGCUGUACCUACACGAGACUCGACAGGGCUGCAAAUCGAACAAAGGAAUGGGCAUUUCCGAUUGUCCAAUGUGUGUACUGAGAACACCGGUGCAGCUCGAUGCAGUCGAGACCAGAAAGACGAAAGGAAUUCGGUCUGUCUUGCGGAAAAUUCGGGGUCAGUCAUGA